AUGGCGCCUCUUACGCUAGCGCUCAAAAGCACCCUCGCGCUGCUUAUGAUCGAUUCGAUAGUCGAGCUCUCCCUCAUCUCAAGCAUGGUCUCAUGGCUCCACCGGCGUGCGGGACGGGACUUCAUCAUCGACUACAACAACACCACGUUUCCUCUGCAUGGCAAACCCCUCAAUCUGCUCGUCGACCAAGGCCACACCAGCAACGGCGCAGCCGGAACGGCUUUCGUCCUGAUCGGUCUCGGGGGAAUCCUCGCGCUGUGGCUCCGCAACUACAAGCUGGGCAGACCGAUCUACUACUUCUGGCUCGUCAUGGCACAGCUAUCCAUGCUCCUCACGCUCGCCGCGUUGAUCUACACAUUCGUUCUCACCCGUGAGCAUGAGGGACAUGCCAUCGAUAUAGCUCUCGCCGCUAGCCUGGACAACAAACCGUAUCCGAACAUGGUACCGUACCCGAUGGACAAGUGGACACCAGAGCUUUGGUUCUCGGCGGUGUUGGAGUUGUCGCUGAGAGAGCGCAGCGACAGGAGUGAUAUUCGAGGGCAUUUGAGGGUCAUGAAGGGCUGGAGAUGGAAUUUGAUACCGAUGUUCAUCCUGGGUCUGGCGGUUGCUGUCUUGGCGGUGAUGGAAGCCUUUGUGAGGAGAAGGCAGGUCAGCGGUCGUGAUGAGAUGGCCAGGGAGGCCGAGAAGAAGAUCUCGGACUCAACUGAUACUGCGAGAAACUGA